GUGGUGUCUGUGUGGAACUUGACGCUGUGACUGUCCGCUGCCAGCUUUGAUGAUGACUUCCAGACUGUUUGGUGAUGUGGAGGAUGAAGAGGAGGAGGAGGAAGAAGAAGAAGAGAGGAACAACCCGACAGAGGUGAAAAUGAGUCAGAUAGUGAUGCCGUGUCACAGCAACCAUCGGCAGGAACUGAGCGUGGGACAGCUGCUCAAGUGGAUGGACUCCACCGCCUGCCUCUCUGCUGAGAGGCACGCUGGAAGUCCCUGCGUCACUGCUUCCAUUGAUGACAUCUACUUUGAACACACAAUUAGUGUGGGUCAGGUGGUGAACAUCAGGGCGAAAGUCAACAGAGCUUUCAACACCAGUAUGGAGGUGGGCAUACAGGUGAGCUGUGAGGACCUGUUCUCUGAUCGUCACUGGAGGGUUUGUCACGCUUACGCCACCUUCGUUACCCAACGCACAAGCACAGGACAAAAGGUGACUUUGAAGCCCAUCGUCCCUCACACUCAGAAGGAGCAGGUGGAGUACAGCGUGGCAGCUGAGAGGAGGAGGGUCCGGAUGGUGCACGAUGACAUUAUCAAAGACUUGCUCUCCAGUGGGUCGAUCCAGCAGGCUGACAGCUCGGCAGUCUCCAAUAAAGUGGCAGCAGAAAAGACCAAGGUGGAGAGUGUUGAGCUGGUUCUACCUCCACAUGCAAACCAUCAGGUGAAUACUUUUGGAGGACAGAUCAUGGCCUGGAUGGUGAAUGUAGCUACGAUUGCUGCCAGUCGUCUGUGUCAGGCUCAUCCGACUCUUCGGACCAUCGACAUGUUCACUUUCAGAGGACCUUCUCAGGUUGGAGACAGACUGCUGAUGAAGGCAAUAGUCAACAACGCCUUCAAAAACAGCAUGGAAGUAGGGGUGCGUGCAGAGGCCUACCACGAGGACGGGCCUAACCGACACAUAAACUCAGCCUUCAUGACCUUUGAGGUGCUUGAUGACCACGGGAAGCCAUGCACGUUACCAAGGAUACGACCCGAACCUCUG